GGGGGGUGCCGCUGUUUGUGGGAUGUGUGGGAGUGGUUAUGCUCUGCGCUGCUCUUCUGCUUUGCUACUUUGCUUGCUUGUCUGCCUGGGUGUCACUCACCUCGGACUCUGCUAAGGCUCACGACCUGUUUAUUCGCUCUGCGCUUACGCUACGCUCACGCUACCAUCGCCAUGCGGAUACUGCCGAAGCUGUUGGCCUCGUUGCCGCUGCUGUUGUUGCUACUGACGAGUUCUUUGGCGCUGGCGGAUGGUGAUAGCGAUGACAAUUCUCACUUCUUCUUCUACACAAGCACGAAUGCCUGCGUCCAGUAUGAUGAUCAGCUGGACGACCCGGGCCUCGAGGGCAAUGGCAGCAUGUGCGCUUGGGUGCCAGGUCGGCAUCGUAUGUACAGCUGUCCGGCUGGGGACAACACCAGCACCGACAACGCCUACUCCUGGUGCUGCGACAGCAGCGAAGACUGCCCGCGCGUCCCAGACCAGAUCAACCUCUGCUGGAGCCGCUUCAAGAACCCGCAGUACAACCUGACCGAAAACGAGGCGAUAGCGAAGGCGCAAAGUUCCAGCGUCGCUUUCAAUAGCAAGGCUAACGCGUCUAUCUCGGCGUACUUGGCCACCGCGCCCCCGCCUCCUAAAACUACUGCUACGUCGUCGUCGACUGGCAACGCGUACGCGGGCUGGGGCUCUGCGUCCGCGACAGCGAGCAGCGGCAGCGGCUCCUCCUCCUCCUCCUCUUCUUCUUCGUCGUCAUCCGGACUCAGCACAGGCGCGAAAGCUGGCGUCGGGGUCGCCGUCAGCGUCGGCGUCAUGGGCCUCGCCGCGCUGGCCACAAGCGCGUACCUCCUGCUGCGACGGCGAGGGGGAGGACGGUCGGGGGCCGAAGGCGGCACGCAGCAACAACAAGGCGCACAACCACCACCACCACCGCCGCCGCCAACAGCAGCCGCCGACGCCGCGGCGCCGUAUCCCUACGCGUACAGCCCCCAGCUGCACCAGCUGCAGCUGCAGCAGCAGGAGGCGACAAAGGACGACGCGGCGGCUGCUUGUCCAGUGCAGGAGCUGCAGAGCUCGCCGCGCGAGGAACUGCAGGCGGUGAGUUUGGAGGCUGAGCGGGAGCGCGGGAGGUCGGAGCUGCCGGGGGAUGCUGGCUGGUGGCGGGUUAGGCCCAGGUCGAAGCUGAUUGAGACGGGGACGUCGCGGAGUGUGUGA